UCACCACCACACAACACAAAACCUCCAAACCAAUAAACAGAACAAAGUGAGAUCUUUCUCUCUGAAGACAAAGAUGGAAACGGUGUCGUCUAACUUCUCUCUCUCGCAGAUCCUCAACAUAGAGGAACCGUACAGCUCUGUGAUGCUAGGUGUCGCCGCUCUCUUGGCCGUUGUUUGCUACUUCUGGAUACAGGGGAAGUCUAAAUCCAAGAAUGGACCUCCGUUGCCUCCGGGACCUUGGCCACUUCCGAUCGUUGGAAACCUCCCGUUCCUAAACUCUGAGAUCCUCCACACGCAAUUCCAAGCCCUAACCCUAAAACAUGGCCCUCUCAUGAAGAUCCACCUCGGUUCCAAACUUGCGAUCGUCGUCUCUUCCCCUGACAUGGCUCGUGAGGUUCUUAAAACUCAUGACAUCACUUUCGCAAACCAUGAUCUCCCUGAAGUCGGAAAGAUCAACACUUACGGUGGAGAAGACAUCCUUUGGUCUCCUUACGGCACCCAUUGGAGGAGACUUCGUAAGCUCUGCGUCAUGAAGAUGUUCACUACGCCGACACUCGAAGCUUCUUACUCCACUCGCCGCGAAGAAACCCGACAAACCGUCGUCUACAUGUCGGAAAUGGCUCGUGAGGGAUCACCAGUCAACCUCGGAGAGCAAAUCUUUCUUUCCAUUUUCAACGUCGUGACAAGAAUGAUGUGGGGAGCGACUGUUGAAGGAGACGAAAGAACAAGCUUAGGAAACGAGCUCAAAACCCUAAUCUCCGAUAUCUCCGACAUCGAAGGGAUCCAAAACUACUCAGAUUUCUUUCCUUUGUUCUCAAGAUUCGAUUUCCAGGGAUUGGUUAAGCAGAUGAAAGGCCAUGUAAAGAAGCUUGAUCUCUUGUUCGAUAGAGUUAUGGAGAGUCAUGUCAAGAUGGUGGGAAAGAAGAGCGAAGAAGAAGAAGAUUUCUUACAAUACUUGCUUAGGGUUAAAGAUGAUGAUGAGAAAGCUCCUCUGUCCAUGACUCAUGUCAAGUCUCUCCUCAUGGAUAUGGUUCUUGGUGGAAGGAGGAUUUGUGCGGCUAUUAACAUGGCUGAGAGGCUUGUUCUGUUCAACAUUGCUUCACUUCUUCACUCUUUUGAUUGGAAAGCUCCUCAAGGACAGAAGUUUGAGGUUGAAGAGAAGUUUGGUCUUGUUCUUAAGUUGAAGUCUCCACUUGUGGCUAUUCCUGUUCCAAGGUUGUCUGAUCCAAAACUCUACACCGCUUAAGUAAAUAAGUAUGAAGGAAAAUUUGGUUUGAGCCUUUGAAGAAGUUGAAUUGAUUUUUCUUGUUUGUAGUUUACUUUUCUUUAUGUUAUGGUUGGAGUUUUGAUGUUUUGUAAAAGGGGAUGUGUGAAGUCACAUUUUCUGAUUAUAUUUACAUAUAAUAAAGUUUUAUUUCCAAU